AUGCUGAAUGGGACACUGGGUGUGAUAAGGAAUAGCAGUUAUGUAAUACCAGGAUUGUACGAUCUAUCUGUCGAGGAUACCAAUUGGGUACUCACCUCAUCCUUUAUCAUCUUUACUAUGCAAACGGGUUUCGGCAUGCUGGAAUCCGGCUGCGUUUCCAUCAAGAACGAAGUUAACAUCAUGAUGAAGAAUGUUAUUGACAUUGUGCUUGGCGGAUUCACCUAUUGGCUCUUUGGCUACGGUAUGAGCUUUGGACGCGGUCCACUCUCCAAUCCAUUCAUGGCCAUUGGCGACUUUCUGCUCGAUCCACCCGUUGGCGAUGAACUAAUGGGACAAAUAUUUGCCGCAUUCCUCUUUCAAUUAUCAUUUGCUACCACAUCCACAACCAUUGUGAGCGGUGCCAUGGCUGAACGCUGCAACUUUAAAGCUUACUGCUUGUUUUCCCUGCUUAAUACUGUGGUCUAUUGUAUACCCGCCGGUUGGGUGUGGGGAGAGCAUGGCUUCCUCAAUAAUCUGGGUGCAGUGGACAUAGCUGGGAGUGGACCGGUGCAUUUGAUAGGAGGAGCUGCAUCCUUUGCCUCAGCUGCGAUGCUUGGACCACGCUUGGGCCGUUAUGCUGAGGGCUACGAUCCGUUGCCUUUGGGUAAUCCGGUCAAUGCCUGCAUGGGUCUCUUUGUGCUCUGGUGGGGAUGGUUGGCCUUCAACUCGGGAAGCACUUACGGCGUCAGCGGUGCCAAGUGGCAGUAUGCUGCCCGUGCAGCUGUAAUGACCAUGAUGGGCUCCUUUGGCGGUGGAUUCGUUAGCUCCAUAUACUCCUUUUGGCGACAUGAUGGUCGAAUGGAUAUCAUGGAUCUAAUCAAUGGCAUCCUGGGUUCGCUGGUGUCCAUUACCGCCGGCUGCUUCUUGUAUCGCGCUUGGGAGGCGUUGAUUAUUGGCGCCUUGGGUGCUUUGCUGUGCGUGAUUGCGAUGCCGUUGUUUGACCGCAUGGGCGUGGAUGAUCCAGUGGGUGCCAGCUCUGUGCAUGGUGUAUGUGGAAUUUGGGGUGUCAUUGCCGUUGGUUUGUUUGCCGAUAAUCCUGUGCCCAUGGACACGACCAAAGGACGCAGUGGACUCUUCAAAGGCGGCGGCUGGUAUCUGUUGGGGAUUCAAACAUUGUCCGCUUUUUGUUUGGCCUGUUGGGGCAUUUGCUCUACAUUCUUGCUGCUUUAUGUCAUCAAUAAAGUGAUACCUAUACGCAUGGAUCCGCACGAAGAACUGCUGGGUGCCGAUCUCACCGAACAUCGCAUACGUCACAGUCAAAUUGGACUAUCCCGUGCCAUUUCCGCCCUGGCACCCAUCAAGGUCGAUCUAUCUGAAAUUAUUGGGGUUCAGCCCAUUGGUAUUAAUCCCGGCCAUGAGCAUAGCAUCCAACAGCUGCGCGCCGCCGAGGAUAAGCUGCAGCAAUGGCAAACCUAUCUGGAUCAAGUGAGCGGGAACAACAAAAAAUUGCGACCACCAAUGAGAACGCUUGAGGAACGACAAAUGGAUUCGGACAUUAAAUUCAAUCUCAAGUCCGCCAACGUCAGUGAGAAGCAGGAGCUGGACAAUGUCUUUGGGCGCAAGGUAAAAUCAAUGCAAGCUAGACGAGAUAUCUGGACCCAUGAUCAGGGCUCUUACAAGGCCAACAACAGCGAGCUGCCAGUUAUCAAGCACGUUACCAAGUUGGACAAGGAUGCCAACUUUGCUUGGGUCGAUUGAAAUAAAAGUCAA